ACAUUUGACAUAUACUGUCAUUGACAGUUUUAGAAUACUCUUAGUUACGUAAAAUAUCUUUUUUUUCUGUAAUUAUUCUAGUGAGUUAAGUUAUACAGUUAAAAUACAGCUUAUGUGCUAAGCCUAUAAAAAUGCAAGCUAUUAAAGCUCUUGGAGCUUCAGCUCCAACCGUUCUUUCAGUAGUCAAGAAAGGAGGGUUUGCACCCAUUAUAGAUCAAAUACGACAAACUCAUUUGCCUGCACCAAACCCUAAGGAAAGACGACCUUAUUCCCCUUUCCAAGACACUAGUAAUGUGGCAGAAUAUGCUGUAGCUAGGCUGGAUGACUUAUUAAAUUGGGGAAGGAAGGGGUCUAUGUGGCCCAUGACUUUUGGUUUAGCUUGUUGUGCUGUAGAGAUGAUGCACAUUGCUGCACCUCGCUAUGACAUGGACAGAUAUGGUGUAGUAUUCCGAGCUUCACCACGUCAAGCAGAUGUAAUGAUUGUUGCGGGAACCUUAACCAAUAAGAUGGCACCUGCUUUACGUAAAGUUUAUGAUCAAAUGCCUGAUCCAAGAUGGGUUAUUUCUAUGGGAAGUUGUGCUAAUGGUGGUGGUUAUUAUCACUAUUCAUAUUCAGUAGUCAGAGGAUGUGAUCGCAUUGUUCCAGUUGAUAUAUAUGUUCCUGGAUGCCCACCAACAGCAGAAGCUUUACUCUAUGGUGUCUUACAACUACAAAAGAAAGUAAAGAGAAUGAAAACUAUUCAAGUGUGGUAUAGAAAAUAAAUUAGAAGAACAGCGGCAAAUACAAAAAAUGAUAUUAUGAUUUUAUUUUAUCAUUGCAGUAACAUGAUCAUAUUGUAGAAAUAUAAUACUUUUUGUUUUUUUUUUUA